CUUCAUGGGCGCGCUCCACGUUCAUUGGUUGGGAUGUGGGAGGGUUCCGGAGAGCGCACACUGAGACUGUGGCCAUGGAGGAGGAAACCAGCGGCUUCCGGAAGGAGCUGGUGAGCAGACUGCUGCAUCUGCACUUCAGGGAUUGCAAGACUAAAGUCAGUGGGGAUGCACUGCAGCUCAUGGCGGAGCUCCUGAGGAUCUUCGUAAUAGAAGCUGCUGUCCGUGGGGUGUGGCAGGCCCAGGCAGAGGACCUAGAUAUUGUCAACGUGGAUCAGCUGGAGAAGGUGCUUCCUCAGCUGCUGCUGGACUUCUAGAGAUCGCACCUGUGUCCUGCCAAGUCUCGGAUGAAUUCACAUCAGCACUGACAUCGAGAACCAAGUUCUCCAGCUUCCAGAGGGUGGGAAGAUCCCGGCAGCUGUUACCCUCCCUAGCUAUUGCCUCUGGGGUCCUUGUGAGACAGGUGCAGGGAAAGGUGGACCAGCCUGCCCACAGCCACAGCCACCACCACCCCCAGCCUUUCACUGUAAACAAACCAGCCGCUGGCAGUGCCGCCUUCUUGCCACCUACAUCAAAGCUUCUGUGCAGCUUUGUAACCACCUGACCCCCACCCCCAGGAUGCCUCCCUGAGCUGUAAAUUUGUUCUUACAAAGCAACAUCAAUAAAUCAACACCAUCUCUCUGAG